UAAAAUAUUUCUUAACGAAAUAGUAACGUAUACAACUUCAUUCACAUAAAUACAUUUUAAAUUAAAAUACAAGCUGUUUGACAUAAUUCCAAUCCAAACAUACUAUACGUGUAUAAAAAGAUAUAACUAGGUAUUAAAAAGUAAAUAAAUAAUAAGAAAACUUUAUUUUGACGUAUAUUUAUUUCUAACAUACGUUUGAUUAAAAAAUACAGGAGUACUUCCUGUCAAUGGUGAUUGCUACGCAAACUCGGUAACACCAUGCGAAGGUUUUUGUAUUACGUUAUGAACAAUGAUAGAUAGUGCCGACCAUUCAAAUGCUAUUAUAUUUAAUACUGCAGUUCAAACUUAUAAAUGAAUAUUUGUACGGAAACAAUUAUUUUUAUAAUAUAAUUUGACUACUAUCAGUCUUUGAUUUUCAAAAUGAGUUCAAAGAAACUAUCUAUAUACAUAAAAAGUAUACAUGCAUUAAUAAUAUAUGAGAUUUUAGAAUUCUGAAAACGAACACGAAGAAAAAGAAUUAAUGACAUCUCGUCGAUAAAGUAAAUUUCUUACUACACAAUGUCGCAGAAGGACUUCAGCCUGACCAUCUUACCUAGAGAUAUUUCGUGAUUAAGCGAGAGAUCGAUUCAGUAUGUCCGUAGAAACGAGUGAGAGGUAUUUAUUGCGCAGGCUUGACCAUAAUGGCUUUAUUCUGUCAAAACAUGAUGCGGUCUUUGCAACGUUCUGUCACAAUCGCAUACCGUUCUGGUGACUUGAUCAAGCAUUGAGUCCUGAUUAUCGCAAGGAUUUGAAGCUAACAAUGGAUCAAUACCGUGCGGAGGAGGGUAAUAUGCAGAUACAAUGAAAAAUCGUUGUUCUUUUCUUAUAACUCCUUUUGUACUGUGUGUGCCUGUUAACUUGAGAAGGUGAAUUGAAUCAAUCGCCAACAUGGAGAAAUCAGACAAUCAAUUGAAAACCUGGAAAAGGAAGAAUAUGAAGUCAACCUCAUCGUCGGAAGUGAUGACCCAAUGUGUCCAGGUUGUCGUAAGAUGUCGACCUAUGGACGAAAGAGAAGUCGCUCGUGGAUACAAACGUGUAGUUGACGUGUUUCCAGCGAGAGGGGUGGUCGAGAUUCGUCACCCGCGGGAUGAUCCAUCCAGUGAUAAUGUAAAAGUCUUCACGUUCGACGCAGUUUACGACUGGAAUUCCAGCCAACAAGAUUUAUAUGAAGAAACGGUCAGACCAUUAGUGUCUUCCGUACUCGAUGGUUUUAACGGUACGAUUUUCGCUUACGGACAAACUGGUACCGGGAAGACUUAUACCAUGGAAGGUCUUAAGGGCGAUUACGAUAGACGGGGUGUAAUUCCACGUUCAUUCGAGCACAUCUUCAAUCACAUAGGCAGAUCUGAAAAUAUGCAGUACUUGGUGCGUGCGAGCUAUUUAGAGAUUUAUCAAGAGGAGAUACGAGAUCUAUUGCAGUCCGACCAGAGCCUUCGAUUCGAAUUAAAGGAAAAACCAGAUACUGGCGUGUUCGUGAAAGAUCUUUCAACAUCGGUAUGUAAAAACGCUGCGGAGAUACAACAGCUGAUGAACAUCGGUAACCAGAACAGGACUAUAGGUGCGACAAAUAUGAAUGAGCACAGUUCUCGAUCGCACGCAAUAUUUCUGAUUACCAUUGAGAUGGGAUCUAUCGAUGACACCGGCGGGAUCCGGGUGGGUCGUUUAAAUUUAGUAGAUCUAGCCGGCAGUGAAAGGCAGAGUAAAACUGGUGCAUGCGGCGAACGGCUAAAGGAAGCAAGUAAAAUUAACCUAAGCUUAUCGGCCCUAGGAAAUGUAAUCUCUGCUUUAGUGGACGGAAAAACUACGCAUGUACCGUACAGAGAUUCAAAGCUAACGCGAUUACUUCAGGAUUCGCUAGGUGGAAAUUCUAAAACUAUCAUGGUUGCAAAUAUUGGUCCUGCUAGUUAUAAUUACGAUGAAACUCUAACAACGUUACGAUAUGCGAAUCGCGCAAAGAACAUCAAAAACAAACCAAGAAUAAACGAAGAUCCAAAAGACGCUCUCUUGAGACAAUAUCAAGAAGAAAUUGGACGUUUGAAGGAGAAAUUAGCACAGAAAGGUAUGGUACCGAGACGAAAGAAAAAGUCGAAAAAAAAGAAAGAAGAUGAGACUGCAGACUCGGAAUCUGAAGCAGAAGAUAGUCGAAGUGAAGAUAAUAAGAUUGGAACUGACAAGAAGCUUAUCGCCGAACAGUUAAAAGCAGAGAAACAAGAAACUGAAACUCUUAUAAUGAGAAUUAAAGACUUAGAGAGCAAGAUGUUGUGUGGAGGUAAGAACAUAAUCGAUCAUACAAAUGAACAACAAAGAGCAUUAGAACAGAAAUCAGCUGAGAUUGCUGAGAGAAAGAAACGAGAAGUUGAAAUGCGACAAAAACUUGAAGAUGAAGAGCUGACAAUGUUAGGAGUGAAGGAAACGUACACGAAUCUGCAACAGGAAGUGGAUGUAAAGUCUAGGAAGCUAAGGAAAUGUUUCACAAAGUUACAAGUUUUGAAACAAGAACUUGAAGAUGUUACCAACGAUUUUAAUAGAGAUAGAAGGGAUUUGGAACAAACACAACACGAGCUGAUGAAAGAGCUGAAGCUGAAGUAUCUUAUAAUAGAAAACUUUAUUCCUGAGGAAGAAAAGAAUAAAAUCCUAUCAAGAAUACAUCUCGAUGAAGAGGAAGACUGCUGGAUAGUGAAGGAUCCAGAACCGUCCAGUAUAAAUACGAUAAAGAGGCCUACAUCCAUUCCAGGUGCACGAAGACCGGUUUCUGAAUACGCGCGUAUCGCCCUAGCUAUGGGAAGAGGUUGCCGCUACGCAGGGGAGAGCAUAUUAAAUUUAGAUCUUGAUAUGCCCGCGAGAACGACAAUGGAUUAUCAAGGGCCGGCCAUUGCACCCACUAUUCAAGCCGUUCUUGAGGAAGCACUUCGCGACGAAGGCGACAUCGACGUAGACGCUUCUAAUGCGAAACUUAGAUCUAAACCACGAUUACAAUCUGCAAAAAUACGACCUAAGAGCGUUGGGAAGAUCCAACAAAUUCCGCCACCUGUUUACCCAAAGACGAGGGGUCUCGUGCCGAAGUAGAAAAUUGUAACGCGUUCUUCUGAGUCUGUAAAGUGAAUUGUAUAUAUUGCGAAAGCUACACUUUGGGUGGUAUUCUAUUAAUUUAUAUAGAUUGUCGUGAUGGUACGCGUGUAUUGAUAAGCCCAAAACAGUUGGAGUCUUUAUAAUUCUCUAGUCAAUGUGCACUGUGAAGCCACGAGGUAUUACUGCAUUAAUAAAGUAUACGAAGUAAAUAUGAUUAAGAUUCAAAAUUUCAUUACUUUUGGUCGAUUGUGCAAGCACACAAUAAUUUAGUUUACAAACAAGUACCAAUAAUUUGACGUAAAUACAUACACUUAGAUUAUUAGACCUGCUGCUACUACAACAUACAAAAUAAACAAUUACAACAAGUUUGUUCUUGAAACAUUUAUACAUUCUCAAAUAUUUCCAUUUGAACCUUCAUAAUACUAUAUGUGCAAUUUAAUUAUCUAUUAAUUUAGAAAUAUAAUCAAAGAUACAAAUACACAGUUCAAGAAGUUGUUGAGUAACUUAAUUAUUAUGUAGCUUCCAGGUCAAAUAAUUUUUGUAUACAACUAAGUUUAUUAUUAGUUUAAUUAUAUUUAUAUUUUUAUUAUUAUUGAAUAUUAAGAACAAGUUCCUUGGUGUGUUUAUAGUUUCUCUGAAAUAUGAAAAACUUGUACGCUUAAAAGUAUUUACAAACAAAGGUUAUUCUUUACUUAUUUAAUACACUCUUACAACGUGUUUUUUCAACAUUAAAAGUGCUUGUAAAAAUAAUAUUCGAUACUUUCGACUCCUUUGACGCUUUAUCACACACAUCUGAACCUGCUAAAUUAUAAAGAUGAUAAACGUAUUAUCAAUUAAGAAAAUUGAAUAAAACAUAGCAUUACAAAAUCGUAAUGAGAGUAAAGUUGUUCUUUUCAAGUA